AUGAGCGUUACCUUUGCGGGUGGACGCAGGGGCUGGGCAACAACAAUCCAGUGUCAGCUGUGCAAGAAAUAUGAGCAUGAGCACGCCAGCCACUUUGCAUACUUGAGUGCUGAGAAGUCCGAUGUUUGGGAAUUCGCUUCCCUCCGGGAUGCUGACAUCGAGGUGCUCAUGGCCAGGAUUGAGGCAGAAGAGACCGCAAAGGCCUCAGGCGCAGAGUUGGAUCUGACUGAGGUGGAGAAGGUGAAAUGUCGACGCAGGUUGGGGCAAAAGGAAGUGGUCCAGGCAUGCUUCAAGUGCUGUGGACUGAAGUUGCACAACAAUGAGUUUGCAUUCGCCAAGAUGGCAAAUGGUGCCUGCAUCGAGCCGUCAGUGCCGAACAACCAGUUCAAAAAGCUUAGCAACAAAACAAUGAAGAGUGAGGCAAGUGAAGAAUCUGUGAGAAACCUCUUGGGUCGUGUGGAAAGGACACUUGGCCAGGAAACAGCCCAGAAACUACGUGUAGACUUGACGACACUUCGGGACACCCGUGUGUCAAAGGCAUCAGACUGGGUCUCGCAAUUGUCGAGCACUGAAGUGAAAGCAGAGAUUUUGGAUUGCCAGCUUCUCUGCUCUUGUCAGGUGUGUCACCUGCUUCCUGCGCGUGCAGCCAGCUGGUAUUUGCUGGAGUCGCCUCACACCAGCCGCCGCACCUGGGUUUGCGCCCGCUGUGGCCACAAAUGGGGCGGGUGUGCCAGCCAGCGGAUCUUGGUGGUAAAGGUCACUAGUGGAGCGCAGGCAGUUCUGUGUGAGAUCCCAGCAUCAGUGCCAGCUCAGCUUGAAAACCAAAUGAGCCUACUGCGCUUGGUGCAUGUGGCCCGCAAGUUGAAGCCCGGAGAGCCAUCGGCUGAGGACAUUCUGGCAGUCAUCGGAGAGCUGGCAGCAGUGUCAGAAACACGGAUGAAAGCUUACUCGGUCAUGUUCCAGCAAAAGGCCACGUCUGACUACCAGGAGCGCUUUCACGCUUCCAAGCUCCUUUGUGAGCAUGAAACUUUGUCUCUGCGAGGGCCAGGGCAAAUGUUUCAGGCUUUGGAAGUGCCUCCCGAGCUCCCCCGAAUUGAUCUCGCAGCUCUGCAACAGAUCAUCCACCUUGCUGCGUCCACCUUGGACUUGGAAGUGGUCCGCCAGCAUGAAGAUGUGGGCAAAGAGAAGAAGAGGGCCUUGAACGCAUUGGUCCAUGAUAGCAGUGCUGCGCUGAAGCGCUUCAACAGUAAAGAGGGCUGA